GUGUCCACGAACAUUCUCUGGGACAGAUCAUGUCCCAGAUGCCAACUCGCAAAGGCUAAAGUAUUUAGUGUGUCCUCUAACCAAGUACAAUUAAGAGAACCGCAAUAAACAUUUCUGAACACUAAAUGAGUCAAGAAGUGAAAAAGGAAAACACAAAACAACAAACACAGUGCCGGGAGGAGAUAGAUUGAUAUAUAAUGUAUUUAUAUAUCAUUAUAUGUAUAUACAUUAUAGGGGGCAGCACUGGGAUUGAACCCAGAGCCUCACACACCCCAGGCAAUUAUUCUACCUUUUAUCUUUAUUUUUAGUCCUAACAAUUUUAUAGCUUUAAACACCUAUUUGAGAAAAUAAAAGGUCUCACAUAUGCAGGUCUUACCAAGAAAACCAAUGAAACUUGAAUGAUCAAAAGGAAAGGCUGGGGUAUAAAACUCAGGGUUAGUCACUGACUGAGCAUGUGCAAGGCUCGGCCCAUGCCCAGAGUGACCUGGGCAUUUAAGUCAACUCAGUGCUGGGGCCCACAGUCAAAAAGGCUGAGGAAGAAGCCUUUGCUUAGGUUUGGGGCCAGCCUGGGGUACAGAGUGAAUUCAGGGAUAGCCUGAGCUACAGAGUAAGAUCUAUCUCAAUAACAGCCCACCCUCAAAAAGGAGUGGAAAUUCAUAAAACAGAAGAAAAGUUGUUUGAAGAGAUGAAAAAGCAAAACCAAACCUCUGACCCAUGUGGAUCAGACUUAAAGAUGUAAAUUCAAAAGUCACCGGGAAGGAAACCACCGUUGCUCAUAAGGAAGCCGCCAGGGUUUGUGAGGGAGUUCUAGGAGGAAACUACAACAAAAUGGGUAAAUCUCUAGAAGGACACGAGUCACUGCAACUGGCUAAAAAAGAGUAAGCCCGGGUGGUUCAUGCCUGUCAGCCACUCGGGGGCCGCAGACUGCUUGAGGCCAUCUUGGGCAACAUAGCCAGAUGUGGCGGUGGGGUUAUUUGAUUGACACUGAGUCUCUCUGUAGCUGAGAUUGGUUUCAAACUCACCAUCAUCUUGCAUCAGCGUGAGAACAUCUUUAAAAUUGGAUUUGGAACACAUCUAUGCCAACUGACGUCUUCCAUAGAGAACAAAGGCCACAUGGCUUCACUGGUGUGUUCUGUCAGGGACAUCAGACAUACAAAGAUGUUUCGGAAUACGGAGGGGCUGCUCCCAACGCAGUCACCAGGUGAAUAUUUCUCUGAUACAGAAGCCCAAGAAAGAUAUCACAAACAAAAACAGACAAAAAUCCUUAAUAUCACAACCUGGAUUCGAGUAGAACAGCAUUCUAUACCACGGCCAUGUGUAUCCACCCAGCAAUGCACGGUUAAACAUCAGCCAGGGUAGCAGGCCAUGUGAAUGGAGAACAAGGCCUACGGGACCAUCUCAGAAGAAUGUUGGCAAAGUCCAACAUGAAUUUACAGAAUGGCUGUGCAAACACUGCCCCUGUGUGCUUUUACCUGUGGCUGUGAGGGACCCACAGCCCCAAUGACAUCAGAGCACACAAGUUUAAUCUUAGAGUUUGGAGGCUGGCAGCUGACGCGGCUCCCAAUGGGUGUCAGGAGGGCUGUGCUCCUGAAGGCUCUAGGAAGGUGUUGUUGGCCUGUCCUGAUUCUUAGACGCACCCUGUGUUUCCAGCUCACAGCCCCUGUCUCUGCCUGCAGAGCUGGAGACCUGGCUGAGUCCUUAUCAGCCACCCCGCCACCUUCCGAAUCUCUCUUCCUCUCCCUUGGCCUUGCCUGGGAACUCUCAGCAAGAUCAAUUCCCUCAGCUAUGUUAGGGCCACAGAUUCCAGGGGUCAGGACAUGGAUGGACAUCUCUUAUUAUUCUGCCUUCUAGAACUUGUGAGAAUGGUUCAACUAGCACCAAAGUCAGUGGUGUAUGGGAAGUCAGCCACGUCUCAGGGCACUUCGAUGAGUCAUUCAAAGGCUCGCCAGGGUUUUAUGAAUAACUAGGAGGUCAGCGAACAGCGCAGCCCUACACAGCAAAUCCUAAGGAACACCCUUCCCCACUGGAAUUAACAGUCCUUGGGUUGUAAGAUGAGACUAAAUUGUGUCUCUACACACUAGUUAUCCAAGAGUAAACUAAAAGCAGUUCCUCUCUUUGUAGCAUCAAAACUAAUAAAAUACCAAGGAAGCAUUUUAUCAAAGAGUAAGGUAUACACAUGGACAAUGGCAGUGUUAAGAGAAACGAAUGAACAAAGCCAGUGUGGGAGGUGGCCAGGCUCACGGAUGAGACCACUCCCUAAGAUACUGGUUCUUCACAAACUGCUCUACAGAUAAAGUGCAGCCCCCAGGAAAAUCCUUAACAUGUGUAUGAGAAAGUAACAAGCAGGCUUUAAAAUUAUACAGCGAUUCAAAGAAACCAGAUGAUCCAAAAGAACUUUGGAAAAGAACAAGGUCCUGGGACCUCUGGCUACCUGAAGCCAGAAAGCACAACCAUGACGUUUGGAGUGGGCCAGGACAAGAGUGGCCACCAGGCUCUGAAGCAGAAUAGAGAGUAAGCCAUCAUGGUUGUGGCCAUUUGAUUUUCCUUUGUUAGAUGCCAAGAACAGUUUUCUUAACAGAUGGGCUGGACUGCUUGGACUUGUACAGAGGAAACAUGAGUGAACUCACAUAACAUGUAAAUUAACGCAGUGCAUUGGAGAACUAAAGGGCUUUGAGGUUCUGAUAUUUGGAGGAAGGACUAGUAGAAAAUAUAGGCUCACAGGUUAGACAGCAUUCAUGGAUGUGACAUUCAAGACUUGAGCCAGAAGAGAAACAAAUUGGUAUUUUUCAGAAUAUCAGAUAUUCAGAAGCUUGCAAUAAAAAGGCAUUCUGAAAAAAUAGACAAGUUAUAUACAGGAAAUUUUUACAAAAACAUACAUCUGGUAAUAUGUCUGAAAUCCAUAAUGAAGUCUUAGGAAACAUACCAUAACCCAGGGCUGGAGAGGUGGCCCUGUGAUUCAGAGCACUGGCUGCUGUCACAGAGGAUCUUGGCUCACUUCCAGGCACCCACAGGAGCCUCACAACUGUCCCUGCCUCGGGUUCCGGGGAUCCAGUGCUCACUUCUGGCUUCGGAAGGCAUGGGGUUUGCAUCUAGUGCAUAUGCGUGCGUUCAGGCAAAUACUCAGAAAGUUUUUUAAAAACCAAUUAAGGCUGAGAGUGAUGGUGCACACCUUUAAUCCCAGCACUUGGGAUGCAGAGGCUGGUGGAGCUCUGUCAAUUUGAGGCCAGCCUGCUGGUCUACAGAGCUAGUUCCAGGACAGCCAGGGCUACACACACACACACACACACACACACACACACACACACACACACACACACACACAAAAUUAAAAAGAGCAAAGGCUUUGAAGAAAUGUAAGAAUGACCAAUAAAACAGAAAACAGGCUGGGGGGAAUGCACAAUGAAAUGCUCACUCUGCAACCUAAGGGUCUGAGUGCACGUCCCUCACCGAGUGACGGCUGUUUGCGGCAGCGCAUGCCUACAGCAGCAGCACUGGGGGACGGUGGUGCGCACACACCCACCUCUCUGGCUUUCUGGCCAGUCAGACUAGCCAGUAAGUGGGCUGCAGGUUCAGUUUGAGAUCUUGUCUCAAAAAAUGUCAGAAGUUCUAAUUGACAGCUUCCAGAUGUGUGCAUACACGCAUCAUACAAAGUGAAGAAAUGAACCAUCCUGAUUUUAAGUUAUAUCACAAAAAAAUAAUAACAGCAUGGUACUGGCGUAAAAACAGACACAUCGAUCAAUGGGGUAGAAAUGAAGACCCAGACAUAAGUCCACACAGCUAUGAUCACCUGAUUUUUUUCAUAGAGGCCAAAACUACAUACUUGAAACAGUACAGCACCAUCAAUAAGCAGUGACGGUCGGAUUGUAUAGUUCAUGAAACUUGAUUCUUUUUUUUUUCUUUUUUCUUUUUUUUCGGAGCUGGGAACCGAACCCAGGGCCUUGUGCUUGCUAGGCAAGCGCUCUACCACUGAGCUAAAUCCCCAACCCCUAUGAAACUUGAUUCUUACUGUGUACCCUGUACAAAGCUCUAAAUGGACCAAGGAUCUUGAGCUAAGACCGAGCCCGGGAACCAGAGGAGAAAGUGGAUAAGGAAUGCACGGUAACUUUCAGGCGCAGGAAAGCAACAUAAAAGAUUACAAAAGCACCUAAAGGGAACAUGUUUAGGCCCGAAUGCAAACGGGACCCAAAGACAUUUAAAAACUGAAGGAUUACAGGGUUGGGGAUUUGGCUCAGUGGUAGAGCACUUGCCUAGGAGGCGCAAGACCUUGGGUUCGGUCCCCAGCUCUGAAAAAAAACAAAACAAAACAAAACAAAAAACCUGAAGGAUUAGCAGGGUGUGGUGGGUAUCUAUAAGCCCAGCUUGCUGAGGGCUGAGGCAAGAGGAUCGUCCUGAAGUUGAGCCCGGUCUGGACUACACAGUGAGGUCUUGUCACAGAAAUGUAAAAUAAGCCUUUGCAAGGUGACACAGGCUGUGACCCUAGCCCUUGGGAAGUAGAGGCAGGAAAAGCAGGAGUUUAAGGCCAUCCUCUGCAAUAUUUGAAAUUCAAGGCUAGUUUGGGCGACCUGAGACCUUGUCUCAAAAAAAAAAAAAAAAAAAAAAGGGUGGGGGCUGGGGAGGUGGCUCAGCGGUUAAGAGCACUGACUGUUCUUCCAGAGGUCCUGAAUUCAAAUCCCAGCAACCACAUGGUGGCUCACAACCAUCUGUAAUGGGAUCAGAUGCCCUCUUCUGGUGUGUCUGAAGACAGCUACAGUGUACUUAUAUAUGAUAAAUAAAUCUUAAAAAAAAAAAAAGAGGAAAGAAAGAAAAGAGAAAGAGUUAGGUGGGCAGUGGCACACACCUUUAACCCCAGCAUUCAGAAGGCAGAAGCAGGAGGAUCUGUGUGAUUUCGGGGCCAGCCUGGUCUACAAAGUGAGUUCCAGGACAGCCAGGGAUGUUACACAGAGAAACCCCAUCUCGAAGAACCAAUAAAUAUCCAAAACCUCCGUGUUCGGUAGCUGGACAGUUUCAGGGGUAUCGGCCUCACCAGAAACCAGUGAACAAUGGGCAGGCAUCUUCCAGUAGGCACCUUGCAGAGACAGACGUGUUAGGGGAGACAUACACCUCCCUGUGGGAGCUCAACUGCUGCCCUCACAGAGACACCCACAUGCCCUUCGGGCCUCGCAAGCCACCAUUCACAACUUCACUGUGCGUGGUCCUAGAGGGAGGCGCCAAGUGUCCAGCCAAGACAGAUGUACCGUGACGACUGCAUUUCACUUGGAUGAUGUCUGAAGAAACAGGCAGUGUGUUCUGUAUCUGUUGGCAUAUUCUGGGCGACACACAGGGCCCAGGUAAGGUACUAGGAGAUCAAACUGGAUAGAAUGGCAGGGUUGUUGGGGAUUAAGGGGGUUCAGUGGCUGAGCCUUCUGUUCCUGCGCUGCGUGGCUGCAGCACUCAGAGGCUGACUCGGGUCUAAACAAACUCUCAAAAACCUGGCGAGGUUUUCAUAGCACAUAAGACAGGGCUUGGAGUGGACAGGAAGAGCUCCUAGUCCAGCAGGAACCCACAAGGACUCAUGGGCACUGCUGCUGGCCCCUGUCCUCAACAGAGGCUGGCCACUGGCCCCGGAGCCCUGCUGAGGCCGCACUUUUGCUGUGUAAACUGCUCUGUGGCUCUGGGCGGAGACUCCCUCCCCGCAGAUCUAUAAUUUCUCAGAAAAGAGGCUGAGGAAUAACCUGGAAAAUGCCCUAGACAUGGGACAGCAUGGUGGGAACCACAGUCCCCUGACCUUCCCAGACCUGCCUAUUUCCUCUGCUUGCUUAGAGAUAGCUUCCAAUGAUAUCCCCCAGUCCCCCUAAGAAACUGUCCUUCCUGAAACCCAGUACUGCCUCUCCCGGCCCCUCCCGUGUGCAUUCCCACCAUCCCAGGGCAAAGGGACAGAGCUCAAGGCAGGGUUUGCUGAGCUUUGAAGUGUCCAGCAGGUCACAGCUCUCAGGCCCUGGAGGAGGAAGCUGAGAUGUGGCUCCGGCAGGGAGGCCCAGCCCUGGUGGUGCUUCUGGCUUUCUGGGUGGCACUGGGCCCCUGUCACCUGCAGGGGACAGAUCCCGGAGCGUCGGCAGAUGCCGAGGGCCCCCAGUGCCCCGUCGCCUGUACCUGCAGCCAUGAUGACUACACAGAUGAGCUCAGCGUCUUUUGCAGUUCAAAGAACCUCACACAUCUGCCUGAUGACAUCCCAGUCAGCACCAGAGCCCUGUGGCUUGAUGGCAACAACCUCUCUUCUAUCCCCUCAGCGGCCUUCCAGAACCUGUCCAGCCUGGACUUUCUCAACCUGCAGGGCAGCUGGCUGAGGAGCCUGGAGCCACAGGCACUGCUGGGGCUGCAGAACCUCUACCAUCUGCACCUGGAACGGAACCGGCUCCGGAACCUCGCCGUGGGCUUGUUCACACACACACCGAGUCUGGCUUCACUCAGCCUGAGCAGCAACCUCUUGGGCCGGCUGGAGGAAGGGCUGUUCCAGGGCCUCAGUCACCUUUGGGACCUCAACCUGGGUUGGAACAGUCUAGUGGUCCUGCCUGACACAGUGUUCCAGGGACUGGGCAACCUCCACGAGCUGGUGCUGGCUGGCAACAAACUGACUUACCUGCAGCCUGCGCUCUUCUGUGGCUUGGGCGAGCUGCGGGAGCUGGAUCUGAGCAGGAACGCACUCCGAAGCGUCAAAGCUAACGUCUUUGUACAUUUGCCCAGGCUGCAGAAGCUGUACCUGGACCGGAACCUCAUUACAGCCGUGGCCCCUCGUGCCUUUCUGGGCAUGAAGGCCCUGCGUUGGCUGGACCUGUCGCACAACCGCGUGGCUGGCCUCAUGGAGGACACCUUCCCAGGCCUGCUGGGCCUGCACGUCCUGCGCCUGGCACACAAUGCGAUCGCUAGCUUGCGGCCGCGCACUUUCAAAGACCUGCACUUCCUGGAGGAACUGCAGCUGGGCCACAAUCGAAUCAGGCAGCUCGGGGAGAGGACAUUCGAGGGCCUGGGGCAGCUGGAGGUGCUGACGCUCAAUGACAACCAGAUCACUGAGGUCAGGGUGGGCGCCUUCUCUGGCCUUUUCAAUGUGGCGGUUAUGAAUCUCUCCGGCAACUGUCUGAGGAGCCUCCCGGAGCGGGUGUUUCAGGGUCUGGACAAACUGCACAGCCUGCACCUAGAGCACAGCUGCCUGGGUCACGUCCGCCUGCACACUUUUGCUGGCCUCUCAGGGCUGCGCAGGCUCUUCCUCAGGGACAACAGCAUCUCCAGCAUCGAAGAACAGAGCCUGGCAGGGCUUUCGGAGCUCCUGGAACUGGAUCUUACUACCAACCGCCUCACACAUCUGCCCCGCCAGCUCUUCCAGGGCCUCGGCCACCUGGAGUACCUGCUUCUCUCCUACAACCAACUGACGACUUUAUCCGCGGAGGUCCUGGGCCCUCUGCAGCGGGCCUUCUGGUUGGAUAUCUCACACAACCACCUGGAGACGCUGGCCGAAGGCCUUUUCUCAUCUCUGGGGCGGCUUCGCUACCUCAGCCUCAGGAAUAACUCCUUGCAGACCUUUUCGCCACAGCCCGGCCUGGAGCGCCUGUGGCUUGAUGCCAACCCCUGGGACUGCAGCUGUCCCCUCAAGGCGCUUCGAGACUUUGCCCUGCAGAACCCUGGUGUUGUCCCCCGCUUUGUUCAGACUGUCUGUGAGGGGGACGACUGCCAGCCGGUGUACACCUACAACAAUAUCACUUGCGCUGGCCCCGCCAACGUCUCGGGCCUCGACCUAAGAGACGUUAGUGAAACACAUUUUGUGCACUGCUGACACUGGCUACUUACUGGCCCGGUCUGGCCGAACACUGCCUCAUGGCCAGGACGGGGUCUCAUUGUUAACAGAAUAAGCUGGCUCUCAAAUUCCUACCCAUCUCUAGGGGACAGGUCCUGGCUGCUCACUUCCUGGAAGCAGGCUGUACUGGAAGCUAUGUGGCCUAGAAAGGGUGGGCUCAGGCCAAGUGUCCAAGGGCCCAAAGGAGGGAGGUGCUCAGAGGCUCUCCCUGCUGCCAACAAUUAAAGCAAAUACUAAGAUAGCUUGUGACCUGGAGUAUGAACUUGAGAAAGGUCUCUCCCUGCCCCAUCUCUCCUGUCUUCGCUCUUGCCUGAGCAGUCUGAGCCUUGCUGGUUUUGAGAACAUGGGUCCCACUUCGUUUGUACCAGAUCCUACCCAUUUCCUCUUGAGCUUCCUAUGACUCUCUUCUCCAACCCAGGAACUGCAGGCACUCACCCCAGCCCCACUCCAGGCAUGGCAUCCCUCCCUUGGGGCACCCCAUUGGGGCCAAGUGGGGUUCUCACAGAUGUUGUCAGCAUACAGGGGUGGAGAUCACCACACCUGCCCUCUACUUUUAGUGGGUGUUGGUGAAGGGAGCAGGUGGAAAUUGAGGACUGCAUCUGACCACAGGAAUCACCCCCUUGCAACAUUCCCCAGGUCCCCAGUCUCCCUUGAAGACCUCAGCUUUGCCCCAGGGAGAAACAUAACAGGCCCUACUUCCCUUCCUGACUUUUCUAGGCAGGAGGAGGGAGGGCCUCUGUGUCUAUGCUCACACUUGAACACUCAGUAAUGUGCUUGCAGACCCCCUGGGUUUCUGAAAACACAACGUGCCAAUCCCCAUCCCCCAAAACAAGACAGACACCCUUACCAGGCCCUUCAGAUUUUUACUAAGACUGUGCGUUCCAACCAUGAAAUGUAGGGAGUCAAGAGCUAUCUCACUGAGGACAGGGUUUGUUUGGAUGCUGGGUUCCUCACAAGAUGGGUGAUAUGUUUAACAGUGGAGUUCUGUAAAGUCACCAGAUGUAACUGUAAACCACACUGUGUCACAAAAGGCUCACAGCACAGCAUGUGUGGGCACUCAGGGUCAGUCGGGGUGAGAAAGGGCCAGCUCCUGUGUGGUGUGGCUGUUAGAGCAACCUGUUGACCUGGGGGCAGAAGUGACCAGGGCAGAAUGAAAGCGUACAGACUGGAGGAUAAGGCUAGUGCUGUCUUGAGGGACCAGGACCCAAGCUCUCCCUCAGCUGUAGACUAGUUUGGUGAAGCUGGUGUCAGCGAAUGACAUGGAUGUAAUCGCAUAGACCAGCCACUGCCUGGGCCAGCAACUACAGGUCCCAAGACAGUCCUGAGGACCUCAGCUCCCGAUGCUCCUGCAGCCGAGAAGAGAGCACACAGCCCCACAAGGCUGCGAGGCUGUCAGGAGCACAGAGCAGGCAUCUGGUGCAGAACUUUAUGAGCUAUGGAUGUGAGUGCGGAAUAUGCGGUGCUUUUGGGAAAUUCCUGGAUGAAGUCACGCCCCUCCUCCAAGCUCCUGGUAAGCUGGGGAUCCAGGGGAACAGAACCU